CCAUAGUUCAUUUCUGAAGCCCCAUCCAUAGAUCGCUCUCUCGUCGACAUGCCCCAAGUUUGCAAAUCACCCGACCCCUUGGCUGAAGGCCGUGUUGGAACGUUCAGCGAGGUCUUCCCUCCUAAACCUCACUGGACUAGUGCAGAUGUCCCCGACCUGACUGGGCAGACCAUCAUCGUCACUGGCGGAAACUCUGGAAUAGGAAAGGAGACCUGUAGGGUCCUUUUGUCGAAAAACGCACGCGUGUAUAUGGCCGCGCGGUCCGAAGCAAAAGCGAAGGCCGCGAUCACGGAACUCAAGGCCAGUACGGGUAAAGACAAGAUAUUCUGGCUCAAGCUUGAUCUUGCGGAUUUGCCGUCAGUGAGGCACGCGGCAGAAGAGUUCAUGGAGAAGGAGCCUGAGCUGCAUGUCGUGUUUAACAACGGAGGUAUCAUGCAGGCGCCCCUCGAGGAUCUGACGGCACAGGGAUACGAUGCGAGCUUCGGAGUGAACUGCCUUGGUCCCUUUUUCUUCACAACUCUUCUCCUUCCCGUUCUCACCCGCACCGCCGCCUCCGAGUCGGCAGCCGCAUCAGGACACCGGGUUCGCGUUGUCCACACAUCAUCGAAUUCACAUGACGGGAUGGCGCCCUCUGCUGGUCUUGUUUGGGAGUCCAUGCAGAGAGACAAGGAUAAGGCGUUGCCGAUGAGGAAGAAGAUGGGAAAGUUCCAGCUGUAUGGACAAAGCAAGCUUGGUCAGGUCCUGUUUGCGAAAGAGUUGGCGAGGAGGUAUGGAAGCAAGGGGAUCGUCUCGAUUUCGCUGCAUCCAGGUCUCGUCAGCACCGAACUACAGCGCAACUUCAAUCCGCUCGUGGCGGGAGCCAUGAGGGCCGUGUUCACCGACACAGCACACGGCGCAAUCACACAGCUGUUCGCUGGCACCGCGCCACAGGCGCUCGAGCUCAAUGGAGAGUAUUUGACGGCAUAUGCGAGGCGGUCGAAGGCGAGUAAGAUGGCGGACGAUCCUGAGCUUGCGAAGAAGCUUUGGGCAUUCUGCGAAGAGCAGCUCGAGAGUUUUUGAAGUAGGGUCAUGAUCUGUUUACGAUUUUUCAUGUGAUAGGGCUUGAAGCUUACACAGCACUGGCCACAUACUCACGACGCGUUUCCUUGUUCUCGUUCUUGUGGAUGAUGUACGGACAUGGUUGAGUAUUUUUUUGUCUCUUUUCGUUAUGCUAUACCAUUGAUUCGAAUUCG